AACCAACCCGCACCUUACCGCAUUUGACCACUUCCUGUUUUUUUGCUGUUUAACAGGAAAUCAGACUUCUAGGAAACCAGUUUAAGCAAAGAUUGUCUAUUAAAUUGACAAGAUAGUCAAGUAACCGCUCUAAAUAUGGAAAUACAUGUCCUCAGAUGGAAGACAGACAGGAUAAGGCGAUAUCAGGUGGGACUAUUCUAGCCAAUGAGAGGACAGAUACGCGUGUGAACAGCAGGCCAUGGAGAUAGACACUGUAUAGAGACAUAAUAGGACAUUUGAAAUAUAUUUAUUAUUUUUUAACUUUUGUGAGUGUAAUGUUCAUUUUUGUUUGUAUUUCACUGUUGUUUAUCAAUUUCACUUUCUUUGGCAAUGGAAACAUGUUUCCCAUCCCUAUAAAGCCCCUUAAAUGGAAAAUUGAAUUGAUAGAGGACUCAUCUUUGUAUCUGUGCCAUGAUAGUGUCUGACAAUAUGGGCAGCACCAUUGAGGCUAUCUCCAUUUUUAAAGAAGUAAAUGUUGUUCUUCUUCAUUGGCUGAUUGCUCCCAAAUCAUACGAAACCCCCACCCACUGUACUGCUUUAAAAUGGUGGAAGCCCUCAAUGGCAAUGUCCAUGCUAAAACAGAUUAUAUCCAUGACCAGUCCUCUCUCUAUGACAACUAGCACAAGAUAAAGUCGUUUUUUUUUAAGUUGCCGAAAUGCCACUUGCCUCUACUUAUAUCAGUGUAUUCGUAACAACUCAACCAUUCCAAAAUGUAUAUUCGAUAAAAUAAGCCUCACGUAGCAAAUUCGCGAUACAUUUUUCUGUUACCAAAUUCAACUCUCUCAUUUGCCUCUGUACAAAAGUUCCUCACUUUGUGCGAAUAUUUUUGUGGACAGAUUUUGGCCGGAGUGAAACCUCUCGCAUACCUCUUCCUCUCUGGUUUAAAGCCGCCUAAUAACCAGACUGCCAUUUUCUGUGUCAAAUGGCAAUGGGGUGGUUCCAAGACCAACAGUAAAUACACCAAACCUAGGAGCAAGAUGGAGAGGAAGAGAGAAGGGGGUUGUGGCCACAGAUCUCCACUGGUCCAUCAGGAGAGACCCGGCUCCCCUGUACCAAGCUGUGUAUCUUUGAAGAGUGAACAGUCUAUGGCAGAUAUAAUCAACUUCAGUGAUGGAGACUCUACCCAUGAACCAAGAACAAUUGGUGACCAAGAGCAGAGGUCAGAGUCAGACAUUCCGAGUGAUGAACUUCAUCCGGUGUAUCAACUCAAAUCUACCCUGAAGAAGAGACAUGAAUGCAUAUUUGAGGGAAUAGCUAAACAAGGCCACUCAACACUUCUCAAUAAGAUCUACACAGAGCUCUACAUCACAGAGGGUGGAAGCGGAGAUGUCAAUAACGAACAUGAGGUGAGACAGAUUGAAACGGCUUCCAGGAAAUCAGCAGCACAAGGGACAAAAAUCAAAUGUAACGACAUCUUUAAACCCUCACCUGGACAAGACAAACCUAUCAAAACUGUGCUGACAAAGGGAGUUGCUGGCAUUGGAAAAACUGUCUCUGUGCAGAAGUUCAUUCUGGACUGGGCUGAAGGAAGAGCUAAUCAGGAUGUCCAAUUCAUAUUUCCACUUCCUUUUCGGGAGCUGAAUUUGAUGAAAAAUAAAAAAAUCUGUUUGAAUGAACUUAUAGAUCACUGUUUCAUUGGGAUUAGAGAAUCUGGAAUCUCCAACUUUGACAGCUACAAAGUUAUGUUUGUUCUUGAUGGUCUGGAUGAGUUUCGACUUCCUCUAGACUUCAAGAACAACAAGAGCUGCUGUGAUGUCACAGAGUCAACCUCCGUGGAUGUGCUGCUAACAAACCUCAUCAAGGGGAAUCUGCUCCCCUCUGCUCUUGUCUGGAUAACAUCCCGACCAGCGGCAGCCAAUCAGAUUCCUCCAGAGUGUGUUGACCAGGUGACAGAGGUACAAGGUUUCAACGACCCACAGAAGGAGGAGUACUUCAAGAAUAGAAUCAGUGAUGAGAACCUGGCCUGCAGAAUCAUCACACACAUUAAGUCAUCAAGGAGCCUCCACAUCAUGUGCCAUAUACCAGUCUUCAGUUGGAUUACAGCCACUGUUCUAGAGAGACUGUUGUGUCAGGCAGAGAGUGUAGAGAUGCCCAGGAAUCAGACUCAAAUGUACACACACUUCCUGGUAUUUCAGACCAAACAAGGGAUUCAGAAGUAUCUUGAAGACCAUGACCGUGAUCCACACUGGGAUAAAACGAUAAUUCUCUCUCUGGGAAAACUGGCCCUCAAACAACUGGAAAAAGGCAAUCUGAUCUUCUAUGAGGAAGACCUAAGGGAGUGUGGCAUUGAUGUCAGAGAAGCAUCAGUGUACUCAGGAGUGUGCACACAGAUCUUCAGAGAGGAGUGUGGGCUGUACCAGGAGAAUGUGUACUGCUUUGUGCAUCUGAGCAUCCAGGAGUUUCUUGCUGCGUUAUAUGUGUUUCUCACAUUCAACCAAAGUAGAGAGAAUCCACUGGUCAAAAAGAGAUCUUCAUUCAGGGACCAGGAAUCAUCAAUCGGACACAAAUCUACGAUCGACUUCUACAACAGUGCAGUAGAUAAAGCUUUACAGAGCGAGAAUGGACACCUGGAUCUGUUCCUCCGCUUUCUUCUGGGCCUUUCACUUGAGUCCAAUCAGACUCUCCUACGAGGCCUACUGUCACAAACAGAGAGCAGCUCACUGACAAAUGUGGAAACGGUCAAAUACAUCAACGAGAAGAUAAGAGAGAAUCCCUCACCAGAGAAAUGCAUCAAUCUGUUCCAUUGUCUGAAUGAGCUGAAUGACCACUAUCUAGUGUGGGAGAUGCAAAGCUACUUGAACUCAGGAAGUCUCUCAGAAGCCAAAUUUUCACUUACAGAGUGGUCAGCUCUGGCCUUUGUGUUGCUGACUUCAGAAGAGGAGCUGGAUGUUCUUGACCUCAAUAGAUUCUCCAGAACAGAGGAAGGUAUUCUAAGGCUGCUGCCAGUGGUCAAAGCCUCCAGAACAGUUCUGUUGAAUAGAUGUAAACUCACAGAGAGAUGCUUUAAAGAGUUGGCAUCAGCUCUCAGCUCAAACUCCUCACAACUGAGAGAACUGGACCUGAGUGACAAUGACCUGCAAGAUUCGGGAGUGGGGCUGCUGUAUGCCGGACUCGGGAAUCCACAGUGCAAACUGGAAACACUGAGGUUGAAUAGCUGUAAACUCACAGAGAGAUGUUGUGAACAGUUGGCCUUAGUUCUCAUCUCAAGCUCAAACCUGAAAGAACUGGACCUGAGUGACAAUGACCUGCAGGAUUCAGGAGUGGAGCUGCUGUCUGCUGGACUGGGGAGUCUGCAAUGUACACUGGAGACACUGAGGCUACGUGGAUGUAACCUCACAGAGCAUUGUUGUGAAGCACUGGCCUCAGUUCUUAGCUCAAAUUCCUCAUGCCUGAGAAAGCUGGACUUGGGUGUGAAUGACCUGCAGGAUUCAGGAGUGAAGCAGCUCUCUGCCGGACUGGGAAAUCCAACCUGCAAACUACAGACACUAAGGUUGAAUAGAUGUAAACUCACAGAAAGCUGUUGUGAAAAGUUGGCCUCAGUUCUCAUCUCAAACUCAAACCUGAGAGAGCUGGACCUGAGUGACAAUGACCUGCAGGAUUCAGGAGUGGAGCUGCUGUCUGCUGGACUGGGGAGUCUGCAAUGUACACUGGAGACACUGAGGCUGGACCGAUGUAACAUCACAAAGAAAAACUUGGAAAAAUGUUCCUCAACUCUCAGCUCAAACUCAUCACACCUGAGAGAACUGGACCUCAGUUACAGUCAGCCAGGAGACCCAGCAGAUCUAGGAGACCCAGGAGUAGAGCUGCUCACUGCUGCCCUGGAGGAUCCUCAAUAUCAUCUCAAAACAGUCAGUGGCCACGGUGAAGAGUUUUUGCUGUUUCAGAGAUCCGCAUGUGAGCUAACACUGGACCCGAACACAACAUACAGACAUCUCUCUCUGUCUGAGGACAACAGAAAGGUGACAUGGGAGAUAGAAGAGCAGUUGUAUCCUGAUCACCCAGACAGAUUUCUGGACUGGACACAGGUGCUUUGUAGAGAAGGUCUGACUGGGCGCUGCUACUGGGAGGCAGAGUGGAGCGGGGAUGUGGUUGAUAUAGCAGUAACGUAUAAAGAAAUCAGCAGGAAAGGAACGGGGAAAGACUGUGGGUUUGGAUUUAAUGACAAGUCCUGGAGAAUGUUGUGCUCUGAUCAGAAGUACACUGCCUUGUACAAUAAUAAGUGUACUUUCAUACCGGUCCCCUGCUCCAACAGAGUAGGAGUGUAUCUGGACUGGCUGGCUGGCACUCUGUCCUUCUACAGCAUCUCCUCAGACACAGCAACUCUACUGCACACGUUCCAAGCCAGAUUUACUAAGCCUCUUUACCCAGGGUUUAGGCUUUGGGUUGGUUCUUCAGUGACCCUGUGUCAUGUAGACACCAAAGCCUUCAAAGAAACACAGUCAUAAGUUUGUCAUGAUAAUUGUGACGGCCACACAUUUGAUGUGUUCAGUGAAACAUACCAAUUAGUGGAAAAAAAAUAUCAGAAUUUGGCUGCCUAACUAAACGCAGCCAUUGAGCUGCACAUUAAAAAUCACUUUACUCAUGCAGUUUAAAAUUCACUCUGCAUAACACAGCAAGCUUUAAAAGACGCAUGGUUUUAAAAUAUCCCAAAAAUAUUUAUUAAAAGAGAACUUGCCCAAGCCUCCCCAUUUCUCCUUCACCCAAAUCUAGAUAGUUGAUGUUCUGAAAGAGUUGCGAAAUUUGGACCCCUACAAAUCAGCGGGGCCAGACAAUCUGGAACCUCUCUUUUUAAGAUUAUCUUCCGCAAUUGUUGCAACCCCUAUUACUAGCCUGUUCAACCUCUCUUUCGUAUCCUCUGAGAUCCCCAAAAAUUGGAAAGCUGCCCCGGACAUCCCCCUCUUCAGAGGGGGAGACGCUAGACCCAGACUGUUACAGACCUAUACUAUUUUUCCUGUAGUUUAAUUUAGAAAAAAUGUCAUACUUUUUUUUUUUUUUUUACCCUCCAUAAGUAAGCAUUUACAUUUUACUGUUGUUUUUUGGGCAUGUGACAUAUAACAUUUGAUUUGAUUUGAGGAGCAACAUAGUGAGGAGAGAUCAUCAUUCUGGUCCACGCUCAUUUUUUCACUGCGUAAUAAAAUCAAUUGCAGGCCAUCUAAAAAAUUUGUUCAGGUAAGAAUCUAUUUGAAUGGCACAUUUCACUAUAUGACAUAAUGUUUUUUGUCUUUUUUCAUGUUUUUUUUUCUCCAUUUUUAAGCCUUAUUAAACGAAGAGCCGUUUGGGAGCCAAAUGAACAUGGCUCUUGUAGGUGAAUGGAGCCAAAUGAACAUGGCUCUUGUAGGUGAAUGGAGCCAAAUGAACAUGGCUCUUGUAGGUGAAUGGAGCCAAAUGAACAUGGCUCUUGUAGGUGGAUAGAGCCAAAUGAACAUGGCUCUUGUAGGUGAAUGGAGCCAAAUGAACAUGGCUCUUGUAGGUGAAUGGAGCCAAAUGAACAUGGCUCUUGUAGGUGAAUGGAGCCAAAUGAUCCGGCUCACAGAAAAGACUCACGACAGAACAGAGCUCAAAGGGGCCAAUGGCGUUUAAAAGGGCAAUUACAUACUUUGUAAUAGAAACCAUUUUUUUUCUCUUCUUUUUUUUUUCUUCGAGUGAAUAAUUAUUAUUUAUAUUUAUAAUGAAACAAUAAUUAAUAAUAGUAAUAUCAAUCAGGAUGUUGUUCCCAGUGGGGUAAAUGCAGAUGGAACAACGGCAUGCUUCACCCUACGUGCAUUUUAAGCCACUAUGCUGCAUCAGUUGGGCUACAGGUGAUAAUGCUUAUUGCUAAUAGCAACUCUGAUAAUAGACCAAGAGGCCAUAUGGUCCAAUAUGUAAACACAGUUUCAGCAUCUUUAACCUGUCUCCUCCCCUUCAUUUUUUACCAAUAUUUUUUUGGGGGGGCUCAUUUCUGGAGAUGGUAAUUAUAUUUUCAUUUGGUGUCGGCAUCAUUUCAUUUUAAUUCAUUUUGGAGUAAUAUGACUUUUAAAAAAGUCACCAGAACUGAGCUUCUCGGUACUUCUUUCUAAAAAUGAUCCUGGGGACCUGAGCAAGAGGACUGGACUUAGUCAAACGCGCACUUUCCCUAAAAGCAUGAUGGUCACGACUUUCUGACAUGAAAGGGCUAAUUUGGCCCCAGACAAUCGACCUGAGAUCGACUUAAGAUUCAGUCCCGGCAUUUUUUAUUUGAUUUUAAACCCUGAGUUGGGGGCAAAGCAUGUUGCUGGCUCACACCUAAGAACCAAUUUGUUAUGUAACUUGUGUCUAGGAUUCCUGUUCCUCUCAGUGUGUCUUGGUACACAACACCGGUUUGAGUUUUCAGUUUAAGAUCUAGAUACUGUAUUAUAGACAAUGUUCCAAACUGCAACAAUGUGGGAGAUUUGGGGUAUUAAAGAAGUACAGAAAAAGGACCUAACAGCUUUUAGCAACCAGCAGAAAAACAAUGCUUUGGGACAAUGCUUUGGGACAAUGCUUUGUGAUUCGUUAUACCACUUUUUAUCUGACAACAACAUUAUCAACUACUUUACUCCUAUACUUUUUUUGUAAUGUUUAAGAUUCUAAGGCCUGGCGCACCCACCAUGGGGGACAGAUUUAGAGUUCAGGCCUAAAACCAAGAGAGACGUCAGCCCUGAUAGUGGCAGGACUAGUUGUGAUGAACCCUGUGGCUUGGCUAUUAUCUGGUGUUUCUGUUUGUGACGUCAGCAAGUCUCUGGGGUAUUGCCACAGAUAUGGUGUAUGCACACGAUAGUAGUGUUCACUUCAGCACCAAUUGAAUUAUCUGUCUGAACUAGUGGUUUUGAGACUGAAAAGAUAACCUUUGCAUAACCCUCUUUUGACGAAACAAGUUGGUUCUCGUUUGUGUGUAUUGGUACUUACUGUGUUUUGGGGGCAUUGUCUGUCUGCCUGUCUGCUUGUCUGCCUGUCUUUGCCUGUCUGCCUGUCUGUAUUGGGUACAUUGGGUACAAAGCAUUUUUGGUGCCAAUACCUGUAUGUUUGUCUUUGAAAGAAAAAGUAUAUCAAUUCAAACGAGUAUGUCGCAGACAAUGUUAUUGUUGAAUCCAAGUUGAACCCAUGGUGGGUGCGUGAGGCUUUAGAAUCUUAAACAUUACAAAAAAAGUAUAGGAGUAAAGUAGCUGAUAAUGUUGUCAGAUAAAAGUGGUGUUGAACCCAGGUGAACCCAUGUUAAACCCAUGUUAAACCCAAGUGAACCCAGGUGUCAAAGAGAGCACAUGGUCAGGUGCAUUCUGAUGUCUUUAUUGGGUAACUGGUGUCAUCAAUUUGAUCCAGUCACAAAGCACCGUUUGUGAAUUUUCAAGGAACAUUUCCAACUCUUCCCCUGAGUCAAGUGGAUUAACCCCAAACUUGAUCCAAACUAUUCCAGUACCACUCUCUGUUUAGACCAUCGUCCUUGUCUUUCAUUGUCGUAUUUUCCCAGUUUUCAUUCCUUAUUCUUUCUUUCCUGUGCUUCUUUCCUACAUUAUCCCCACCAUUCUUCCACUCUUGUAUCCAUCUCUUUGUCCCCCUGUGCGUGUGGAGUGCCGUGUAGCAUUGGGAGCGGAUCUGGAUUCUGCUGCAGCUUUAUGAGUGAAAGUGGAUGAGGACAUCAGACAUGCGUCUAUUAGUGGUGAGGACAUCGGACUGACGUCUAUUAGUGGUGAGGACAUCGGACUGACGUCUAUUAGUGGUGAGGACAUCGGACUGACAUCUAUUAGUGGUGAGGACAUCGGACUGACAUCUAUUAGUGGUGAGGACAUCGGACUGACAUCUAUUAGUGGUUUUUAUUUUAUUUAUUUUACCUUUAUUUAACCAGGCAAGUCAGUUAAGAACACAUUCUUAUUUUCAAUGACGGCCUGGGAACAGUGGGUUAACUGCCUGUUCAGGGGCAGAACGACAGAUUUGUACCUUGUCAGCUCAGGGGUUUGAACUCACAACCUUCCGGUUACUAGUCCAACGCUCUAACCUGCCGCCCCAUCUAUUAGUGGCGAGGACAUCGGACUGACGUCUAUUAGUGGCGAGGACAUCGGACUGACAUCUAUUAGUGGUGAGGACAUCAGACAUAUCAAUUAGUGGUGAGGACAUCGGACUGACAUCUAUUAGUGGUGAGGACAUCGGACUGACAUCUAUUAGUGGUGAGGACAUCAGACAUAUCUAUUAGUGGUGAGGACAUCAGACAUAUCUAUUAGUGGUGAGGACAUCAGACAUAUCUAUUAGUGGUGAGGACAUCAGACAUAUCUAUUAGUGGUGAGGACAUCAGACAUAUCUAUUAGUGGUGAGGACAUCAGACAUAUCUAUUAGUGGUGAGGA